CAUUCUCAUACAAAGAGAGAAUCUCACAUUGCACGCCUUUUCGGGUUCCAGCGAAUUGGUUUUCUCCCACGGUUCGCUUUCUUCCCACUACGGUUUUCCCAUCAUUUUAUUUGCAGAAAUAUGCAAAGAAUUCAUGAGACAUUGCUCGAGAAGAUAAUAUUCCAAGUUUUUAGAGCGCCCCCAUUCGUAGAGACCCAUAAAAUCUUGUGAUUUGCGUGGAAUUCAGUUAAGAGUUUCAUCAAAAUCUUUGGAGAAGAGAAAAAAAGGGGAAUGUUUUUUCGCUUGGCCGGGCGCUGCUUGAUUAGGAUUCUUCUCUGGGAGUUGGGGCCAUUCAAAUUUGUAGUCAAAGAUUUGAGAGUCUUACCUGCAGGUCAGAAGCAGCAAGCCAGAGAGAGACGUUAGGAAGAAAUAUUGUUUAAAGAGGCUAUAAGUAUAGGUAGCUAGAGACUAACUAGUGUUAAGGUUAGUUGGGGUUAAGGUGGGUUUUAGUGAGGAUUUCGAGGCGCCUGCAGAUGCUGAGCUCAUAUAUUUCUGCGACCAUCAUUUAUACCAGCUUUGAACAUAAUUUGCUCACAUUUGCUUGAUGAUCAUGUGCUGGUUGCAGGUCCUGCAUUUACAUUUGGACUAUUAUGAUGUCCUACAUGUGACUUUUUAUUAAUUUUACCGCCCCUUUAGCUUGUUUCAUGGAGUAAAGCCUGAGGGGUUACCAAUUACCAUUAUCUUCUACUACUCCUGUCAGUGUGGCUUAAUAUACUAAUAACACCCAAAACAUCGUGCACAGAUGUAGACAAGUGCAAGUGUUGCUGUUAUCAGAUUGGUUUCAUCCCCUGCUCUUAAUAAUAAUAAUGAGAAUGAGUCAUUAAUGUUGGCGUUUGUGGGUAAUUGUGGACAGCUUGUGUGAUAUUCGUCGAUUACUCUGUUUUUAAUAUGAGGACAGAAAUUUGGGUUUGUUUAUGCAUUGAGAGGUGAAGUGGGUAUGGCUGUCUGGAGGGCUGGAUAUUAGGGGUAUAUGGAAAGAGGCCUGUUUGUGUUGCAGGCAGAGGUGUAAUUUGUUGGCUAUAUGGACAAUGGAAGCAGAGCAUAAAGGGUACCGUGCAGGGAGUGAACUGUUUGUGUGCUUCACUUCAAGGCAGACAUCUGUGAGAUUGGGAGGGAGCAAGAGUGUUCUUAGCCCUGGCAGGACUGAGAAACUGAGAGAGCCAUCAUGCUCCUCGAGCAGAAGACUGAGAAGCAAUGGAAGCAAAGGGCAGUCAAGUCCCAUGUUUCCUAAUCUACCUUAUAACCUAACUGGGAGGAAGAAGAACGGUGGGUUUGAGACCCAGGAGCCUUCGUCCCCCAAGGUCACCUGCAUAGGGCAAGUGCGUGUCAAGUCAAAGCAGAACAAGAGGUUGAAUGGCAGGCAGAAUGUGCUCAAGUCUCCUGAUAGAGAAGAUUGCAUGCCACACAAAUCACAUCAGAAAUGGGUUCAUAUGUUUGGUUUCAGGAAGGAGGUUUCCUUUAAUAUCUGUGAAGCUCUGAGAAGUUUCGGUGCAGAGUUUAACUGCUUUGUCCCCUGUGGGGGCAGUGCAUCUUCUACAAGUCCCUCUUCCAAAGGUAACAAAGAGACUAGUUGUGGUGCAGUUUUUGCAAAGUGGUUCAUGGUGUUGCAGGAUGGGGAUGAGAAGAAAGCAGCAGCAGAGGCAGAAUCACAACAGAGAAUGGCAGGUGAAGAAUUUGCAAGUAUUUGUAGGGAAAUACAACCCAGUAGACCCAUUAUAACAGAGCUAGGUAGACCUAGUAUAAAAGAAGUCAGUAGGCCGAGUAUCAAAGAUCUUGGUCGGCUGAGUAUUAGUGAAGAUGAGAUGCAGGUGGAUGAAGACGUUGUGCCUGUUUGUCCUCCAAAGAAUGCACUUCUUUUGAUGAGAUGCAGAUCUGAUCCUCUGAGAAUAUCUGCUUUGGAUAACGAUAGAGGAUGUAAAUCUGAGCCCAGGAGAAUGGCAUGCACCGUCAGUGACCAAGAUGAGAGUGAAGAUGAAACUGAUGGCGAAGAUAAAGACGAUGGCGAAGGGUACAAAACUGAUUUUGAGGAGGCAGAGGAACAACCCACUUUUAGUGAUUUCUCAGAAGCCCUCGAGGUUAACAGGCUAUCAUCAGAAGAAGAACAAGAACAAGAACAAGAACAAGGUAUUGAAAAGCAAUUACAGGCUUUGAUGGAUGUAGGCAAUGGAGUGUUAGAAGAGGCAGAAUCACAAACAGCAGAGACUAAGGAAGUCUUAGAGGCAGAACCACAAAUCACAGAAACUGAGCAAGUAUCAGAGGUUGAACAACAAAUUCCAGUGACUGGAGAAGUCUUAGAGGCAGAACAACAAACAGCAGAGACUAAGGAAGUCUCAGAAACAGGACCACAGCCAGAAACAGAGUGGAGCUGUGAUGCAGAAACCAUGCCCAAUGCUCUCUUACUGAUGCUGAGUGAGCCAAAGCUUUCUUUGGAGAUCUCAAAGGAAACCUGGGUAUCAAGGGAAGACUUUGUGAAUGUGAGGAGACCUGCUCCUGUGGUUAAGAUGGAUGUCGACGACAAACGCAGUGACGAUGACAAAGAAAAUGAAGAGAGCAGGAAACUGUGUAAUGUGGAAGAAGCUACUACCAAUUCCAUGAGUAGAGUGGUAGACCAAAACAUGGCUCCUCAAGAAGCAUGCUUUGUUUUGCCACGAUGCAAAUCGGAGCCGCUAAGAGCCUCUGUAAAACUUGUACCUGAAGCCUGCUUCUGGAAGCCCCGGAAUCUGGAAAUUCCUUCAUUUAUCAUCAGAGGAUCGCUGGAGAUUGGAACACAUCAGGCUUAGUGCGUAGCAUAACGAAUCGAACAUCCACGCGGAACUUAAAUCAGAUACAGUAAAUGAUUGCAUGUUUUCAUUUGUAUUCUUACAUUAUGAAAGGGAGCAAUCUGCUUUGGUGGAUCAACAGCUCCAAUUUGAGAAGGAUGAUGGAAUAAAUGAGCACAAGACGACAUGGAUUCUUGAUAAAAUGGUCCAUAGUCUUUGAAUAUACGGCACCGGUUCGAAUCACAAUGGGUCCUAGGCUUCCACUUCCGUUCACAUUCUCCAGGUAUAAUAAAUACAGUGGCGUACACGGCCAAGUUUUCUAUUUUAAUUUUUCCAUUGUAGUUGUUCUCCACGUAUUGUACCUUCUGCAAAAUUUUCAUUUCUCCAAAAGCAACGACCUAACAGUUACAUAAUAAC